AUGGCAAGAGGCAAUCAGCGUGAGCUGGCAAGACAGAAGAACCUUAAAAAACAACAAGAAAGCGGUAAAAACCAAAAGAAACAAGGUGAUCCCAAGAAACGUAUGGAAUCCGAUGCAGAAAUCCUGAGGCAAAAACAACAAGCUGCAAAUGAAAGAAAGGAAAAGGAAAGACUUGAGAAACUGGCAGCAGAGAAGAGAAGGUAA